AAUUACUAAAAAAAAACGUCUCCAGUUCAUAUACAUUGAAGAGGAUGUAUUUAAAGCUAAAAUAAUAAUAAUAAAAAAAUAGUUUUUAAAUCACAUUUUUGAUCCUAGCCUGAUCAAUUGUGUUUGAAAGGUUUAAUACUUCUCGUCUCUUGGGAGGUUAUAUUGAUUCAGGUGAAGUAUUUAAAAAGGAAGAUAGGCAUUGGUUUUUGGGUAUUUUGUCCAUUUUGUGUUUGUAUCGUUUUAUUUAACAUUUUAUCUAAAAAUGAUAUGGAAUCAUGCUGUGCAGUUUUAUAACAAAUUAUUCGAUGACAAAUCUGAUCCUCGAAUUGAAGAUUGGGUUAUGACUAAAAAUCCCAUUCCCACACUAUUUAUAUGUCUUUCAUAUGUGUAUGUAGUGAAAUACUUAGGACCUAACCUAAUGAAGAACAGGAAGCCUCUAGAUAUUAGAUGGAUGAUGAUAAUUUACAAUUUUUCGAUGGUUAUAUUUAACAUUAUUUUGUUUUAUGGUCUUGGAAUCUAUGGUUGGUUUGGUUUAUACAGUUUUAAGUGCCAACCAGUUGAUUAUUCAAGUAGCCCUGAAGCACUUGGUAUGUUAUCCAUCUCCUGGUGGUAUUACUUGUCAAAAAUGGUGGAUUUUACUGACACAAUAUUUUUUGUUAUGAGAAAGAAAUAUAAUCAAAUUACAACCCUACAUGUAGUUCACCAUGGAUUGAUGCCCAUGAGCUGUUGGUUUGGUCUUAAAUUUACACCAGGUGGCCAUAGUACAUUUUUUGCAUUUAUAAAUAGUUUCGUCCAUAUUUUGAUGUACAGCUACUACGGUUUGGCUGCAAUUGGUCCCCAUAUGAAUAAAUACCUGUGGUGGAAAAAGUAUAUGACCACAUUCCAAAUGAUUCAAUUCAUAAUAAUCUUCGUACAUGCAUUUCAAUUGCUGUUCAGAGAUUGUGAUUACCCAAAAGCUUUCGUAUGGUGGAUUGGACUUCAUGCUGUUUUAUUUUGGUUUCUUUUCGCUGAUUUUUAUAAAAAUACUUACAGUGCGGCUGAAGCUUCUAAAAAUCGAAAGGGAAAAGCCACAGGGUCAAAUGAAAUGGAAGAAGCAUUAUUAAGUGGCUACUCAGCAAUGGAUGGUCAAAUGAUUUCUGACGAUGACUACAAAAAACAAAAGAAAGUUUUCAAUAACAAUGGUACUAGCCAUAGCAACAAAGAGGCAUCAUUAAAAAAAAAUACUGAAAAGAAAGUUAAUUAAAUAUGUUCUUUCGAAUUAAAACAGGCGCUUUUUGUAAAUGUGACUAAAUAAGAGUUGAUUUAUCACCUGCCCUCCAAAAAAUUGUUUCUUAUUUUUAAACAGGGAAAUGUUCUUUUCAAAUCCCCUUCAGAACUGUAAUACCUGAUCACGUGAUUCUCCCCUCACGGCCCACGGUAUCAUUCAUGAUUUCUCUCUGGCUCCAGCGACCCAAAAGCACGGACAUGAUCUCAAUAUAGCCUUCUUGUGUUGCAUCAUGUAUUAGUACGUAUAAACUCCGUGCGUGCGGGCCCAGGGAAGUGCUUGUUUGGGUCCUGAAGAGGUUAAAGAGGUAUAAUAAAUAUUCUAAACAUACUUAACCAUAACAUAUUACCAUUUGAUUGCUGUCUGAUAGAGUUUUAAUUUAAAAUUGCCAAUUAAAGUCUUAGCUUUUUGAUAAUUUAAAAUGUAGUUAAAAUUAAAUAGGGUUUUCAAUUAAAGUAUGUGUUAAAAAAUAUUUUUAUAUCUGCAUUGUUAAAAUCUGCACAGUACUCUCUAAAUCUGUUGUACAUUUAAAAUAAAUAAUACAAGGUGUUCAACGCCUUCAAUGUACAUAUAUUUUCGGAAUACUUUUCAAAAAUGAAGUGAAAAUUACUUGCACGUUAUAAGUGGCAAAUUUAAGGAAAAAAAAAAUUUUUAUUUUUGAAAUCUGAAGAGUUACUAAUGAAUAAGGCAUCGAAACAUCAAAAGCUAUUUAUUUGUCAAAUAAAAUUGAGAGGAGAUGAAUGGUGGUUAUCAAACCGAAACACCUACAAAUUUCUUCAGACAAUCAAACUUGUUUUGAUGCCUUAAUCACUUUUUUCUAUAUAGUGAUAAAACAGAGUUUGAAAAUAUUUUUUUUUUUGCCUCUUAAAUUUGGAAUCCAUAAUGAAUAAACAAUUUCGACAUCAUUUUUGACAGAGAUUCUAAACAAUUAUAUUAAGAGUGGCGAUGUGUGUUACAACAAGUUAAAAAGCGUAUUAGAAUUGAAUAUUACUUUACUCAAUGUAUUAAUACAGGGGCAAAUGUACAGUUCAAAAA